AUAUAUCGUUUCCUUUUACCCCUUAUUUGUUUAUUUAUUUUUACUUGAAAUUUAAUUGAAUGAAAUUUUGAUGAGUAUCUAUAAUUUUAUAUUGUGAUUCAAGGUUUACUUGUAAGUUAAGAUUGGCUUUCAUGGAUACAAAAGGCCCAUCUUCUUCCUCUUCUUCAAGUCAUAAGUGGGAAUACGAUGUCUUUUUAAGUUUCAGAGGUAAGGAUACUCGCAAAAAUUUUACAGAUCAUUUGUACUCAAGCUUGAAACAGAAGGGUGUCAACACCUUUAGGGAUGAUAAAAAUCUUGAGAGAGGUGAACCUAUUUCACCUAAGCUUUUAAAAGCAAUAGAAGAAUCAUUGUUUGCUAUUGUCAUUCUCUCAAAAAACUAUGCAUCCUCAACAUGGUGUUUGGAUGAACUUGUGAAGAUCAUGGAAUGCAAAAAAAAGAUGGGGCAAAUAGUCUUACCCAUUUUUUACGAUGUGGACCCAUCUGAGGUGCGAAAACAGACAGGAGCAUAUGCACAAGCAUUUGAAGAACAUGAAAAGCGUUUCAAAGAGAAUAUAGGUAAAGUUCACACAUGGAAAGCUAUUUUGACAGAAGUGGCCAAUCUCUCUGGAUUUCCUUUACAAGAUAGGCAUGAGUCAGAAUUUAUCCAAGAUAUUGUGGAAGAGAUAUUGCACAAAUUAAGUUACGUGUUCCAAAGAGAUAUUGAUGAUUUAGUUGAAAUAGAUUCUCGAGUAGAGGAAUUGAUGAAACUUUUGGCAAUAGAAUCGAGCGAUGUUCGAAUCAUAGGGGUUUGGGGGAUGGGAGGAAUUGGUAAGACAACUCUUGCUAGAGUUGUCUAUCAGAAGAUUUUUAAUGAUUUUGAAGGUGGUAGUUUUAUCGCUAAUAUUGGAGAAGAAUUUGAAAGGCAUGGUUUACUACCAUUACAACAAAAACUUAUCUGUGAAAUUUUGAGGGAGAGAAGUAUGAAUAUACGAGAUGUUGAUGACGGUGUUCUUAUGAUUAAGAAUAGGUUAAGCCAUAAAAGGAUUCUUCUUGUUAUUGAUGAUGUAAAUCAAUUCAACCAAUUAGAAAAGUUAGUUGGGAAUCUUAAUUGGUUUGGUCCAGGUAGUAGAGUUAUUAUCACAACAAGAGAUAAGCAUUUGUUGAUAAGACAUAACGUAUUUGAAAUAUAUGAGGUUAAAGAAUUGAAUGAUGAUGAUGCCCUUCGUCUUUUUAGUUUGAAAGCUUUUAAGAGAGAAUGUCCUGCCAAAGAUUAUCUAGAAUUGUCUAUACAAUUUGUAAAUUAUGCUAAAGGCCUUCCUCUAGCUAUUGAGGUUUUGGGUUCUUUUUUGAUUGGUAGAGGAAAGGAGGAAUGGAAAAGUGAAUUAGAAAGGCUUAUAGAAUUUCCAAAUAAAGAAAUUAUCAAUAUAUUUCAAAGAAGUUUUGAUGGACUUCGGGAAACAGAUAAGGAAAUAUUUCUACAUAUUGCAUGUUUCUUUAAUAGGAAGAGAAACGAUUAUGUGGUAGAAAUACUAGAUUAUCUUGGCCUUUACCCUAAAAUUGGUUUAAAGGUUCUCAUUGAAAGGUCUCUUUUAAAAGAUCUUGAAGGCAAAUUUCAAAUGCAUGACAUACUACAAAAAAUGGGUCAAGACAUAGUUCGUAAAGAUUAUCCUCAAGACCCUGGCAGGUGGAGUAGAUUAUGGUUAUAAAGAUAUUCAUAAUGUGCUAAUGAAAA